AGAUGGCGGUGAAAGUGACAGGAACAAUUCUUGCUUCUCUCCUUUAUGACAAUUCAUCUUCGUUCGGCAAUCAGGUUGGGCUACUCCUUGGAGAAGUGGUUCGUGAAGUGAAGGACACCAUCAGUGAUUCACAGAUAAACAAUGUGGAAGUGGAAACAAAGAUAUAUGUUUAUGAGAGUGUUGCCUGGCCCAAUGACCUGAUUUUCCAUGACAGACGAGGGCAGGUUGACAUGGAUGAGAUUACCAAACUGCUUGGGGACAAGACACGGAACAUUGUUGGCUGGUACAGUUUCCGUCGCAACUCAAGCCCAAAGCCAUCGUUUCGUGAACGCCUGAUUCAUGCUAGCCUUGUAAAGUCGCUGAACAAAGAGGGCCCGCUGUUCACGUUCUUGCUCUGCUCGGAAAAGACCAAUAAACCAACACUAUCCCUGCACAAACAUGACCACUGCUUUCUGCACUGUGUCGCCAACAGUGUGUUCAGAAAGCUCCCAGAGACGGUGAUCAACCUUGGUGAUACAACGCAUACAGAGUAUCGCCUGAAUGCCAGUCACACCGUGUCACAAACACGGGGGACAUACAGCAGUAUUAUUAGACAUUAUGAAAAGGAUGGUUUUAAUCCUGUGGAUCAAGUGAACAAAAUACAGACAAUGAAUGGUGCCAUUACACAGAGACUAAACCACAUACAACAAUCCUUCCUCGAGAGUGAAAACAUUCACUGUGAUCUUGAAAAGGAAGUUGAAGAGCUACGGGAAAUGGCCAUCAUGAAGAAACUGGAAUUGGAGCAUCGCAACAGGCCAGUGGAAGCUGCUCGUGGAACAGGUUCAUCAAAGACAAUAAAGCAGCCAUCGGUGGACGAGCUUCUUUGUAUGGAUGAUACAGACUCAGACGUGCCUUCACCGAGCCUUGUAUCGGGUCACGACCUGAUGCACGCAGUGUGUCCAGACACUGAAAAUUACUAUAAUGUGCAAUCGGACAAGAGAGAUCACUCUCAUAUUUCCCAGCCUGAAAACAAGCCAGUCUCAAAGUUAUCCACCCCUGUCGUACAUUUACGGUCAAGGUCAUCGCCUGUGGAUAUCGUAACUAGUCAGAGUCAAGUGACUCGAACCAGGAGCCGAUCAGGUGACAGUAAGAGUCACGAUGCAAAGAAAACUGAGCAGUGUAAACAAGACGAUGCGAAUGAAUUUGGCAAUCAAAAUUUUAGUAAAUCUGUUGGCAAAAUGCCAGCCGAUCCUUUUGAUUUUGUAAACAAAGAAUUGAAAGCAAGUUCUAAAUCAGUUGACAAUCUUACUAGUAAUAGAUUUACUGGCCAUUCAAAGGCAGGCAAUCAUCACACUACAGGAAGAAUUGAAACUCGAACACAUUCAACAAACAAACAUGGUGCUUCAGCCAGGGAGGACGUGGUUAACCCUUUGUAUGAAAUGAAAAAGCAAGUGGAGGGAACCAGUGGUGUGAGUAAAAACUGUCGUAAGGAAGCAACCAGUCAGCAUUUGAACAAUGACUCGAACAAAGAUUCGUCGCAAGACACCUACGAUAUGGAUGUGUCGUCUUCGCCUGUGUAUUAAGAGAUUUAAAUGUUGCCAUUUUAAUGUUCAUUUCACAUGUUUCAUUUUUUUAUUAUUGUUAAAAAACAACAUGUUAUGAAACAGUAUUUAGUUGAUAAGUAUUAACCAUUGUUAUUUUGUUAAUAAUUUUUGUUCUGUUUAAGGUAAUACAUCCAUCAUUAUUACAAUAAUUUUUCCUCUUUAAGAAGUUUAAGUUUCAUUUUAAGUCACAAAAUGUUUAGUUUGAAUAUAUUCCAAGUGUUCACAGAGAGCUUUUUUUACAUAGAGAUUGCGUUAUAUAAGAAACAAAUUAAUAUAACUAAUUGCUAUUUUUCAUAUUUCCGUUCGAAAAUGAAUGUUUUAUUGCUUAAACCGUUAUUAACGGUUUAAGUAAAAUGCAUAAAACAUCAAGUUUUGAAAUUAAAUAUAAAAAUCUGCAAUCUAAUUUUUUGUCACCAGUCUUAUAUCACUGGUUUCCAUGGAUUUUCGCAAAAUCGUUCCAUGACAAAAAAACAACAAAUGUCAAAAUCUUCAUUCUGUGAGAGUGCAGCUUUAAUAUAUGAAAUCAUAAUAGUAGCCUUAUUAUGGUGUUAUUCUAAAAUAUAAUUCAUUUGAAAUUAAUAUAAUGGUUAAUCAAUAUGAAUUUAACCAUGAAAAUAAUAUCGAUGUCAAUAUAUCGAAAAUGCUCUAACACAUCUUUGCAUCCUAAUGAUGGAUGGCUAACCUUAACAUAAUUUUCAGAGUAUUGGUGAUUUUAAACAAAAAAAACUGGUCUAAAUAUUUGUUUUACUUACAUACAAUUCACAUUAUAUUUUCAAUUUCAUCAGACAGACUUGUAAAAAGGUGAUUUAUAUUAUAUAUUGGCUAUUUCAUUAUAUUGUUGCCUGGAACAGUGUCUAAAACAUCUUAAGUCAUUUCUUAACCAUGUUCCAUAUUUAGAGUGACACUCUUAUUCAAAAUCAAUACAUACACAUGUACAAAAAACAUCAAUUUUGACUGAUAAACCUUUAACUACAUACUAAAUGAUAAUUUAUGAAAACUAUUAAUUACUGAUAACAAGAUUGUAACUGUGUAUUUAAUAUCAGAAAGUGCAAAAAUGUUAAAUAAUUGGUGAAUGGUAAACGAUUUACAGUGGUCUUCUGUAGUCCCAUAAGGUAGAAAUACCUUGUUUUAUGCUAAUUUCUUUCAAAUUCAACCCGGUAUCUUUCAUAAGAACACUUGUUUUCGACAUUUUAUAUUAAUCAUUUUUUGGAAUUUUAAAGCAAUAUUAUUAAUUGUGGUCAAUUUUAUCUGGGAGUAAGAGUGCAUCUUUAAGUAAUUGAAAUAUCUCACUGGUCAUUUGAUAAAAUACUGGACAAUCUCCGACAUAUACUAAACAUUUGUUUUUGACUAUUCAGAAUUCCUUUAAUUUGACAAUAAAAUAUUAAAAAAUAAAUGAUUAAGUUAUGAAAUGAUUUGAUAUGUUUUAUGAAAACUAAACCUAUCCUUUAUGAUUGCUGUCAGGUAGUUUAAAGAUCAGUUAUUUGUUAAAUAUGUGUUCAUGCAUGUUUCAUUGAUGUUAAGUACAGAAUUACAUUUUACUUUCACUGUGUUAAUCAGAGCUACAGGUGACUUUUUACUUAAAGUAUAUAUUGUACGCCUGUGCGGUAUUUCAUUAAGUUCAAUGUAGGGGUGAACGUUGAAUCAAUUUAAAACACCUGACAGGGCUGACUUCCCUUUGUACAAUACAAAAACAUAACUUUCAGCAAGAGAAAUCAUUGCGUAGGAGUUGAAGUGAAUGUACACUGUGUACUGGCCAUCUUAGAUGCAGUCAAAAUUGUUGUUCUCGAAGCAGUCGUAAAUUGAUUGUAGUAAUGGUACGCCCUUAUAACAAUUUGCAUUUGUACUGCUACACACAGAUGUUUGAUAUUAUCUGGAAAUUAGAACUUUUUAAAGCAUAUUUAUGCCAAUUACGACGCUUAUCUGUAGCUCUGGCUUAUGUGCCAUCAUUAUUGUUACUGUAUUUUUUAACUGCAUCUUUGUAAGUUUUCAAGAACAGAUAAGGACUGAUAACUAAUAAUUAUCAUAUGUUUCAUAUACUGCUGAGCCAUGGUUAAUACUCUUUAUUUUCAAAUAAGAUUCUGAAGAAAUGGGUCCUUUUCGAUUUUGCAACUGACGAGUAUGAAUUUGGAAAAACAACAUUUUUCUGUUGUAAUACAAUAUAUUUUAACACUUCAACAUCAUGAAACAUUUCAGCCCAUUUUGAUUUUUGUAUUUUUCUUGGUUAUUGAACAAAUAAUAUUUUUCCAUUAGUACUGUAAAAUAUUUGUUUAUUUAUUACAUUGUUAGAAUGUACCUGUUUUUUAGUUCGACUAUUUAAGAAUAUGGAGAGCUAUACUACUCACCCAAGCGUCAGCGUCGGCAUUGGCGUCACACCUUUGUUAAGGUUUUGCAUGCAAGCACACAUAGGUUAAUAUCUCAGCAAUUACUUGAGGUAUUGCAUUGAGACUUUAUACAAUGUUACUCAACCAUCCAACCUUCUUAAUUAACCAACUUAGAUAACUCUAGUUUGCAUUUAAUGCAAAUAAUAGGCCUUUAUUAUUCGACUUAGAAAUUCUGAUUAAGGUUUUGUGUGCAAGCACACAUAGGUUAAUAUCUCAGCAACUACUUGAGGUAUUGCAUUGAGACCUUAUACAAUGGUACUCAACCAUCCAACCUAUUUAAUUAACCAAGUUAGAUAAUUCUAGUUUGCAUUUAAUGCAAAUAAUAGGCCUUUAUUAUUCGACUUAGAAAUUCUGGUUAAGGUUUUGCGUGCAAGCACACAUAGGUUAAUAUCUCAGCAACUACUUGAGGUAUUGCAUUGAGACUUGAAACAAUGGUACUCAACCAUCCAACCUACUUUAUUUACCAAGUUAGAUAACUCUAAGUUGCAUUAAAUUCAAAUUAUGGCCCCUUUUUUGACAUAGAAGUUCUGGUUAAGGUUUUGCAUGUAACUACUUUUUGUCAAUACCUCAGCGAAUACAUCAUGUAUUGCAUUGAAACUUUACACACAGGCUCCCAACCAUUUAACUUCUUCUUUAAUCAAGUAAGAUAACUCUAUUUUUCAUAUUAUAUAAUUUUUGCCCCUUUAUUAUGCGACUUAGAAAUUCUGGAUAAGGUCUUGCAUGUUAGCACACAUAGGAUAAUAUCUUAGCAACUACUUGAUGUAUUGCAUUGAGACUUUAUACAAUGGUAUUCAACCACCCAACGUAAUUGAAUAACCAAGUUAGAUAACUGUAUUUUGCAAAUAAUGACCCUUUAUUAUUAGACUUAAAAAUUCUGGUUAAAAUUUUCCAUGUAACCAUAUUUAUGUUAAUAUCUCAGCACAUCAUGUAUUGCAUUGAAAUCUAAUCUAACAGUCUUCCAUGCAUGUUUCGCCAAAACUUUUCAAUCCUUACACUGAAAAGCAGCUGAAUAGUUGAGCAAGCUGUCUCUGUGACAGCUCUUGUUAUUAUUAUUGGUUGUCAAAGUUGAAAAGGUAAUCAAAGGCCAAGUUACUCAAAGACAAAUAACUAACUUGUCAAACAUGAAAAAAGAUGGCCAAAAGUGAAAUUUUGAUAGAAAUAAACUUACUUUUGAUGAAGUAUUCACAAAUUCUUUGUAUUAUUUUCAAACAAUAAAUCAUGAUUACUGGUGCAAAUAUUGCGAUACAUCGUUAUACGUUUUUUUCCAACAACACUCAGCUUUUUGCCUGGAAAUUGAAUGAACAUUACAUACAGGGAUUGCUUUUCCUUUGAUAUUCCUUACUUUCUGUAUAACAUUUAUAUCAUUACACAACAUAUUUCUCUUGUACAUGCUUAAGUAUUUUUAUGUAUUUAUAUUCUUUUGAUUUUAUGCUGCGUUGUAAAUGGUUCAAACUUUUCUUAUAAAUCACUGAAAUCCUUUUGCUAUAUUCAACAUUUAUAACUGCAGCACAAUCUCUUACAUUUAAUAUACUCAAACUUCUAUAGAAAUUUGCUAUCAGAUAAUGCAGUAUAGUUUGUCAGAUACAAAUUACCAUUUAUGUUUAAAAAAAUGUUGUGUUCAGUAAGAUGGAGGUCAUGGAAUAAGUUUAACGUUAGUCAAGAUCUGUUUACAGUUACAAUGUAUGUUUAGUAAGUUUUUUUGUACACUUUCUAUGUUUUGUUAUGCUUAAAACAUAGUAUUAAAUCCUAAUAAUGUAUAAA